UGAUAUUUCAUUUAAAAAUAAAAACAUUUAUUUUUUAAAAAUGAGUUUAAAAUUAUUUGUUUCAAUACUUUUAUUAUUAACAACAUUAUUCAAUGUGGUCUACAAUACAAAAGUUGUUAAAUAUAUUGAUUUAAAAGGUAACUUGAAAAAUGUGACCCAAAAAGUUGACAAUUUGACUGACUGUGCCGUUUGGGCCGUUUAUGACCAGAACAUCAACACUACCGGUUGGGCUCAGUUAGCCAUUCACACGAACGGCUCUCUGGAAGACUCGCAACAGGCCUACUAUAGCGGCCUAAUUGAGGGCCAAUUGACUGCCGAUCUCAUUGAACUUCACUGGCAUAACAAUGUUGAACAUUAUUGCGACAAUCAAUCCGAUUAUUGUAGCAAAUUGUUUGCAUUUGUGGCCAAAAAUGUCGAUUUUAUGAAAUCGCAAAUUGCAAAUCUCGCCAAAACUGACGUCUAUUGGCGCCAAAUAGAGUUGUCGUUAAUACAGAUAACGGGUCUCGAAGAUGGGUAUCGAGAGGCCAGAUAUAACAUAAAACCGAGAGGUGGUGUGCGCCUGGAUGUCAACAUUACCGGUCUUUAUCUGUUAAAUCUGUUUGAGGAACUGGAUGAACUCGGACAGGCUAUUAAAGGCAAAUCCAGAACCGACGACUAUUUUGAUGGCCAUUGUUCGGCAAUAAUUCGGGUAUUGCCCGACGGCAGUGACCUAUAUGUAGCACACAAUACUUGGGCCGGUUUUUCAAAGAUGUUGCGAAUCGUAAAGAACUAUAACCUGAACUACAGAAACAUAUCGGGAACUGCCGUAUCGUUUUCAGGAUAUCCUGGAGUCAUAUAUUCGGUGGACGACUACUAUCUGAUCAAUAGUGGUCUGACAGUGUUGGAGACCACUAUUGGCAACUUUAACGAUACUUUGUGGUCUCAUGUUGUGGCCGACAAAAUUGUGUUCGAGUUUAUUCGCAAUCUGGUGGCCAAUCGUAUGGCCCGAUCGGGCCAAGAGUGGGCAAAAAUAUUUAGCAAAUAUAAUUCCGGUACAUAUAAUAAUCAAUUUAUGGUUAUAGACUACAAUCGAUUCCAAAAGGGUAAGCCUGUCGACCAAUUGGCCAGUGGUGUACUUUGGGUGGUCGAACAGAUACCAGGUCUCGUAGAGUCGGCCGAUGUUACACAUGUGCUACGCGAACAAAACUACUGGCCAUCGUAUAACGUGCCGUACUUUCAAACUAUUUUCGAUAACAGCGAUUAUCCGACUCAAGUGACCAAAUACGGCGAUUUCUUUACAUACAAUCGUACGGCCAGAGCUCUGAUAUUUAAACGUGACGUUAAUAAAGUAAUAGACAUGUCGUCACUGUAUAAACUUAUGCGAUAUAAUGACUUCCGUAACGAUCCGAUUUCCCGAUGUAACUGUAGUCCUCCAUAUACUGGCGAAUAUGCUAUCGCAGCCCGAAGUGAUCUCAACGAUCCUAAUGGUCGCUAUCCGUUCGGCAGUUUGGCCUUUCGAUCGCACGGUGCGAUUGACGUCAAAAUGACAAACAAAGAAAUGUUUGUCAAACUUGAAAUGAUAGUCAACAGUGGACCCACUUAUGACAAUCAGCCACCGUUUCAGUGGUCAAACACCCGAAUCACUGGUGUCCUGCAUAGCGGACAACCCGAUAGUUUCCAAUUUCCACCGGUUCACGUCCAAUGGUCACCGCUAAGUGUUAAUGCUAUUAACUUUAACAGAUGUUAUGAUAAUAUUUAGAUUUAGUUUAAACC